UUGUGUUGUUGUCCAUUGAAGGUGUUGUUGAUGUUGAUACCCGUGCGAUCAUGAACCCCGGGCUUAAGUGACUACCAAACUUAUAAUGGUCCACAAAAUAUCUUCACUUGUUGCUUGAUCUUUUAAAUCGAAGGAAAAUGGCUGAACGGAAGUUUACCCGUGGUUUGGGCAAGCCGGGAAUGGCUGCUCAGCUGAGAGAAACUGUGUCACAGGUGGUGAGAGAAAGUACUGUGCAGAACAAGUUACACAUGGUAGAGCCAGUCAAUUUUGAGGAGUACAUUUCUAAAAAUAAAACUCUACUUCAAAAUGAUCCACAUCGAGAACUCCUGGUGUACCCGUCUGAUGAUGUUUCUCAAGUUGUUUUGCCAAGAAAAUAUCGUACUGUGUCUCAACCUACUCCACCAGAAUACGAUAGCAGAGAAAAUUUGCUGACCAAAGAGUGUCUUAAAAGUUAUUCAAGUAACUGGCAUUUAGUUCACUAUAAAUACAGUGCAUAUUCAGGAAAUUACUUGGAAUUACCAAAGGCACCAAAAGUGGAUGAAUUAAAAGAUGAAAUCUAUGAGGUUGACACUGAUGCUGAUCAAGUUGAUGAGGGUGUUGUGAAUAAAAUUAGUGAAGGUAUAACCAAACAAGGAUAUCUGCUUAAAGGCCCUCAAGUGGGUUCUGAUAGAAUAUUUGGAAAUAUUGCUUCCAAGUCUUUUAAGAGACGUUACUGUUACCUCAGACGUGAGGUUGAUGGCACUUAUAUUUUAGAGUUACACAAAGAUGACAAAAAAGGCGAAGCAAAGGCCACCAUUGUCAUGGACUUUUGUACUGAAGUUGUACGGAGUCCUAAGAGAGGCCGCUUUUGCAUGGAGCUGCGCAUGCCUCAUGGCCAUAAAUCCCAUUGUCUUGCCGCUGAAUCAGAGGCCGAACUUCAUGAUUGGCUUAGCAAGUUACAACAAGUAUUGCACAUCAUAAAGCAACAAGAAGAUAAACCUGCAGGAUCACUUGAAAGAGCCAGUUCAACUCCACCUUCUCCUCAACAACUCCCCAUUUAUGGAACCUUAAAAGGCUUAGAUCAAAGCAUGAACCCCCAGUUAAUGAAAUAUUCACGUGAGACAGACAUGUCCAUUGCACAUGCAAGAAAAGAGAAUCGACGUAGACUCUUCAGUGUUUAUCCUCACAUGCCGCAUGUAAAACAAGGUGCAUUAAGUUCUGUUGAAAGUAAUAUCGAACCUUUCAAAGAAAAGUUUGGCCUUCGCUUUUUGGUAAAGUGUGAGGAAGUCAAGUUUAAACUCCAAGCACCAAUCGAGGGAGAGAAUGACAUCCUUGGGCAAGUGGAACCCUACUUCACUUCAAUGGCUUUAUUUGAUGCACGAGCUGGGCGUAAAUUGUCUGAGAACUUCCAUUUUGAUAUAAAUGAUGAGCAGAUCCGUCAAAUUCUUCCAAAUGCGCUUUCUGGUUCCGAAAAUUGCAAUGGAAAUGGAAACCCUGAGAUAGACCCCCUCAUGCAACAAUAUCCCGAGCUUGAGCAAGUGUCACCAGACUGGCUUCACUUCCAAAAACAGGCACUUUUUAACAUCAGUUACCCACAUUCUGACAUAUACCUUGUAAUGAGAAUUGACAAAGUUUUACAAGGAGGAAUGUGUCCUACCUCCGAGCCUUAUGUAAAAAACACAAAAGAUCCAAAACUUGGACUUAAAGUACAGAAACAUGUGAAAACAUGCUGUCAGAGAUUGGGAAAAUAUCGAAUGCCAUUUGCAUGGUCUGCCAAGCCACUCUUCCGCCAGUACAGUAAUGAGCUAGACACUACAUCAGAAUUUCCUGCCAUAUACAGACAAGACGGACACCGCUUGAGAGAUGAUGACCUAAUUAAAAUUCUCUCAGAUUUUCGCAAGGCUGAUAAGAUGAGCAGAUUGACUGUAAUACCUGGUUGUAUUAAAAUCCAACUUGAACUUCUUGCAGAGCCUCCUGGAAAUUGCCUGGCAACAAAUUUAAUGGCGCUGAAACCUUUCCCAAUUCCAACCACUAAUGAUUGCACUCGUGAAGUGUGCGAAUUAGAGGGCACACUUCCAGAGGGUGAUGUAAAUCCCUAUACCUCAUUCGUGAGUCAUCUUUAUGUGUACCCACAAAGUCUUAACUUUGAUAAUCAGAAGACUUUUGCUCGAGCUCGAAACAUAGCUUGUUUUGUUGAGCUAAGAGAUAGUGAUGAGGAAGAUAUCAAACCCUUGUGUGCAAUAUAUGGUCCACCUGGCGGACCAUCCCUGGUUUCUCAAAUCUGCUGUUCCAUUGUCCAUCACAACACCACUCCGACGUGGUGUGAUGAAAUCAAAAUACGUCUACCAAUUCAGAUAACGCCUAAACAUCACUUACUUUUUACUUUUUAUCAUAUUUCCUGUGAUACAACUAAGAAAAAGGAUGUGAACGUUGAAACUUGUGUAGGUUAUUCCUGGGUGCCUCUCUUACACAAGGGAAGGAUUUGUGUUGAAGAACAAAUUUUACCUGUGGCUGCUGGCUUGCCAUCAGGGUAUUUGGCCAUCCAACCACUCGGCCUUGGGAAGGGGGUGAGUAAUGACGCUGAGCCUGCGCAUGAAGGAAAGGGAACACAUUUCAGUGGCCCUGAUGUCACUUGGGUUGAUGGGCAAAAACCCAUCUUUACAGUAAAUUUUCAAAUGGUUUCUACGGUGCUGACCAAAGAUCCUCAUUUGCAUAAUUUAUUUGUGCAUGCUGAGAGACUUUUAGACCCAAAACUUGCAAGAGCAUGUCCUUCAGAAACUGAAACUUGUCAAAUACUAAAGGCUGCCCAUGCUGUUCAGUUGUCGGCUGUGUUGUCUUUGCUGCCAACAAUACUGAACCAACUUUUGACAUUGUUAGUUAAUUGUUCAAGUGAAGAUGUUGGACUGAACAUUAUUCGACUUUUGGUUAACAUAGUUCAUAUGGUUCAUGAUGCUGGCCGUCAAGAUCUUUUGAAAGUUUAUGUCAAAUAUACAUUAGUAGCUCCAACAUCAAACAGCGGAAGCCACACAGUGCAUGGACAAUUGAGCCACCACUUACCCACUCUCCUACGGCCUGACUAUACUGAUUUUUUGACUGUGAACAAACUUAUGAGGCAUUCAGAUUUUUUCUUUCAAGUUAUGGCAAAAAGUAUGGCUCAAUAUUUGUUGAGCUCAGGACGAAUCAAGAUGGUUCGAAAUGAACGCUUCUCUGAGAGCUAUCAAAAAAAAAUUGAAGAACUUUUAAAAUCACUCUAUCCAUAUCUUCAAAGGUACAAAGAAGUGCCAGUGGAAACCAAACAGCUGAACAUGAGCCUAGCUCAUUUUCUGAAGAAAUGCCUGACACUCAUGGAUCGAGGAUAUGUCUUUGAGUUGAUAAAAUCUUACAUUGAACUUUUCAAUGCGGAGGAUUCUCGAACUCUUUUCGAUUACAAGCUAACUUUCCUUCAAAUUAUUUGCUCACAUGAGCACUUUGUCUCUCUGAACCUGCCUUUGCAGCGAACAAGUAAAUCAAGAACAAAUGAUAUGCUCUCAGAUUUUAUACUUUGUGAAGAUUUUUGCCGUUUCCAUUACUUAGUGGGCUUACUCCUCCAAGAAGUUCGUACUGCUCUAAACCAAGUUGUCCAUACUCGUCGUAUGGCCAUUUCAGUUUUAAGAGAUCUUCUGGCUAAACAUGAGUUAGAUGAUCGAUACCAGAACAAGGGCCAGCUGAGCCGAAUUGCAUCACUGUAUGCACCUUGGCUUGGUAUUGUGUUGGAAAACCUGAAUAGACUAAAUGCAGUCCAUCUUUUAAGUGAUCCUGCACAUGUAGGCCGAACCAAUAGAUUGUCAAACAGCACAGGUUCAUGUUUGUAUUCUGUGUCGGAUUCCCUCAGCAGUGAAACUAGCAGUAGAUCUUCUCAGCAUAGAAUUACAUUGCAUCUUGACACCCGAGCAAGCUUGAGAGCAUCCACAUAUUUAAGAGAUGCAAACUAUUUUGCUGUGAUUGCCGGUCAAGGACUUGUGAAUGGAUGUUCGACUACCAGCUUAGAAUCUGAAUCAUCAACCAUAUCCUGUGAUGCCGUUUCAACUGCCUCCCAAGAAACUGCUAUAAUGAGAGAUGACUGUUCAAGGGAUGGUGAAACAUUGAAGACUCAUUCUAGGUCUGUCAGUACCUCACAACCUUUGCGUGUUGAUAAAAUAACACCAGGAGAGGUCAAAGAUUUGUUGAUUUGUUUCCUUUUUGUGGUGAAGUACAUGUCUGAGGAGCAACUGAUAGCAUGGUGGCAGCUUUGUGAGCCAGCAGAGCUUCUGAAUUUCUUUAGAGUUCUAGAAAUGUGUUUGCAUCACUUUAAGUACACUGGCCGGAAAAAUAUCACCAGUACAAACACAAGCCGUGAAAUGGUUCCAGCAAGUAAAUUAGGGUCUGCCAAGGCAAUGACACUACCUGCUCGAAUGGCUCCCCCUGACUUUUCAUCAGAUCCUAGUGUAAAUGAAAACAGCACAAUUAGCUCUUGCAAUAGUCCAGGAACCAUAACAACCACAAUAAUUGUAACAAGUGGGACUAACAGUGUUGGAAGAGAAAGUCUUGUUCCAAAAAGUAAUGCUGACUCAGAUGCAGGAACUCGUUUGUAUCAGGCUCUACUGGAAGCCAACAUGGCGACGGAAGUUGGUCUUAUCACACUUGAUGCUCUGGGCCAGUACUGCAUCCACAUGAGGGAUUCUCUUCUUGCAAAUAGAGGCGAUAAUCCAAUAAUGAAUAAGAUAUUUGAUAUCCUGCUAUCAUUUUUGCAAGUUGGGCAAUCUGAAACACUUUUCCGCCAUGUCUUUGCUGCUCUACGUGCCUUAAUAAACAAUUUUUCUGCCGUUUUAUUCCAAGGUAAUGCAUCAUUGUGUGGACGAUUUUGCUAUGAGCUACUAAGAUGCUGUAAUAGUAGACUAUCUACAAUUCGUCAAGAAGCUUGUGCAAUUCUUUAUUUGUUGAUGCGCAGUAAUUUUGAGUUUACUAGUGGGAAAGGCAUCACACGAGUGCAUUUGCAGAUGAUUAUUUCAGUUUCACAGAUGUUAGGCAACAUUGUAGGAUUGAAUAAUGCUAGAUUUCAAGAAAGCCUUUCUCUCAUCAACAGUUAUGCUACUAGUGAUAAAGUGAUGAAAGGAACAGGCUUUCCUUCAGAGGUGAAAGACUUAACCAAGAGGGUGCGUACUGUUUUGAUGGCUACUGCUCAAAUGAGAGAACAUCACCAUGAUCCUGAAAUGCUUGCUGCUUUGCAACAUAGUCUGGCAAACUCAUAUGCAAGCACCCCAGAACUUCGUCACACUUGGCUCCAGAGUAUAAGUCGUAACCAUAAUAGGGAUAAUAACUUCAGUGAGGCUGCAAUGUGUCAACUACAUAUUGCUGCUCUCAUGGCUGAAUAUCUGAAACUGAAAAAUGUUCAGAGCUGGGGAGCAGAGGCAUUUCAGAAAAUAUCUUCCAAUAUUGCUCGUGAUGAAAUUGGUUUAAAACUAGAUGCUGGUGUGCAAGAUGUACAGUAUACAGAACAGUCUUUAUUGGAACAACUAGAAGUGUGUGCAGAAUGCCUUGAACGCGCAGAGAGAUAUGAAUGUCUGUCAGAAGUAUAUCGUCUUAUUGUCCCUAUGCAUGAGAAGAAAAGAAACUUUGCAGCCUUAGCUCAGUGCUAUCAAAAUCUCAGUAAAGCAUAUCUGAAAGUUACCGAGGUUAUGCGUUCAGGUAAAAGGCUGCUUGGGAGAUACUAUCGAGUGACUUUUUAUGGACAGGCUUAUUUUGAAGAAGAAAGUGGCAUUGAUUAUAUCUAUAAGGAACCUAAAGUUGCUUCAUUAGCUGAAGUGUCUGAAAGGCUACAGCGCCUUUAUACAUCAAAAUUUGGAGAUGGUAUCGUAAAAAUGAUGACUGACUCAGCACCUGUUGAUAUUACUGAACUUGAUCCAAAGCUUGCUCAUAUCCAAGUCACUCAUGUAACACCAUAUUUUGACAAAACUGACCUUGAAGAACGCCAAACUGAGUUUGAGCAAAAUCACGAUAUCUGCAGAUUUAUGUUUGAAACUCCUUUCACCAAAGAUGGAAAGAAAGCCAGAGGGCAACCUCAAGACCAGUGGAAACGACGAACCAUCUUAACAACUGAAAAAUCAUUUCCAUAUGUCACAAAGCGUAUUCGAGUCAUAGAAAUUGUUGUUGAAGAGCAUAGCCCUAUUGAAGUUGCACUAGAUGAGAUGCAGGCUAGAGUGCUGGAAUUGGAAGAAGUUGCUCUCUCGAAACCCACAGAUGCUAAGAAAUUACAACUACGUUUGCAAGGAUCAGUGUGUGUUCAAGUCAAUGCAGGCCCUUUGGCUUAUGCUCAUGCAUUUCUUGAACCUGGGCAGUCGGAACUUUAUCCAGAUGACAAAGUUGAGGACCUUCGAGAUGUUUUUAGGGAGUUUGUUAAAAUAUGCUAUGCUGCCUUACAAGUGAACAGUAAGAUUAUUACAUCAGAACAGCAGGAAUAUCAAGAGGUCUUACGCCAGAAUUAUCACAAGCUCUGUCAAGAAUUGAGCCAACUGUUUGGUGAACCUGUGUGGCCUGAUGAAGAGCUUGGCAGUUUCAAGCGAAACAGCCAGGCUUUGUUCAGUGCCAUUAGUGGGGCAUCAGCUAAUUCAAGCUCAGCCUAGUUUUAUUCGAAAGUAUUGCUGCUGGUUUCAGUCUUUGUUAGUGAAUGAAAUUGCCAUUUUUACAGAGUUUGAUGAAAUUGAAAUGAGUUACUGAGUACUGAGUACUCUGAGUGCUAUAUUUUAAAUAUGUUAUCACACUGCCUCUUAAAGUAGAUUUUUGUCCUUCAAAAAUCUCUUUUUUCUUGUCUGUUGCGUCUAUUGUGUAGUGUGUCUGUUUCUGGGCUUUCUGCUAUUGUUCAACAUUUGUGAUAUUUUUAGUCAGCUUAGUAUGAGUUGAGAAGUAUUACUAUCUAGAACCAAAAGAAUCUCAAUUAGAAAUCCGGAUAGUAGAUUUUAUACAUCACUUAUAAAUUUCUGGAGUCAAUUAUUAACAUUUCAAAUAUCUCCUCAAAAUACAUAACUUUCAGUUAUUCAUUUCAUACUUGCAUACAUAUUGGAUUUUAUUGAAUCCAAUUGUAUAGUGUAUUUCUCUAUUAUUUUCUUAAUUUGGCCAUGCCAUUUAUUAUCUCUCUUCUUCCUUUAUGAACUAGGCUGGUCUACUUUGUGCAGAGCCUAUGUGGAAUGCAACUACUCAGGCAUAAUUUUUAUUAAGUAUUUAAUUUUCCAGUGUACAAAUUUUGUGUCAUUUUAUUUGUUAUCUAUUCGAUGUUCGAUGAUGUAUUGCUUUCUAUAUAGUAUGUGCUUAACACUUAAUGCACAUGUAAAUGUGCAUCUGUAACUGAAAAGAUUGAGGUACCUAUUCCCUUGGUCUAUUCAUUUUUAAUGAAUACUCACCAUCUAUUUUUCCUGUGUAGUAUUAAAGACUUUCCGUCAUCUUGCCAUAAAUAUUUUGUCAUUGCUGGGUUUAGGAUUUCUAGUUACAAUGUUAUUAAACAUUGCUCAGUAUUGAUUGACCAGAAAUUGAUUAAUUAUUAAGUCAACGUGAAAUUUGGGACCAUGUUAACAUCUGACUUCUUAGAAUCACUUCUUCCCUUUCCAAAAUUCAUCAUGAAAAUUUGCUCUAAUUUAUUCUUGUGUGAAGUAGUAUGACGGUUCCCAUAAUUUGCAUAAAUGCACUUGUGUGCUUCAAGGGGAACUGGUUCCUAUUGUGGGUAUACACUUGAAUUCUAGUCUUGUAAUGUUAUUUUUAUAGCAUUUUUAAUGUAUGCUGUGGUCAAUUAAGGUGGAAUGGAUCUUUUUUUUCAUUUGUUUAUCUCUGCCUGUUGCUUUAAGUCCCAUAUUGUAUACUUUCUUCAUUUUCAGUCCUGUUGUUUCUUGCCCGGUCCUAUGAUAUCUUUAUUUAAAAUUAUCUUUUCACUUGCUUUCUACAGCCAUAGUAUUACUGUUACUACUUGUAUUUGUUAUCUCUCUCUCGUUUUUUAGAGCGCAUCCCAUGCAUGCCUUACACUCUCUUACUACUUUUGUCCUGACGUCUUACAGAAUACCUGUUUCAAUAACCUACAUGAAACUAUUAAGUUUUAAUACUCAAUCAUGUUUCUGUUAUUCUUUGUUGUAAGGCUUGUUAUUUAUUUGUAUAAUUAAGGCUCAUUGUGAUAUGAUUAUAAUUUUAAAUGAAUUUUAAUAUUUAUACUCAAUCACUACUCUCUAUAGCUCCUUAUCUAACAUUUCCAUAAGAGGUAAAGGCCAACUGUUUGUCUGCUAGUAAUAUUGUGAAACUGAGUCAGAUAUAGAACUGGACACUGGACAGAAGAAAAAGAUUAACAAGGAGAAGGAGAAAUAAUUCAUUUUGAAUAGAGCUGUGGAACAGUGGGACCUUGUUCAUAGUUUCAUAAAUGUUCGCCCCUCUCCUCCAUCACAGAAGUUUGAGACCACUAAAAUGUCACUAUCUUUUUAUUGCUAACUUUUGAUUGCUAUCUUUUUAUCGCUAUCUUUUGAUGCACUGGGCAUAUCAUACAUGUACCUGCUUUACGCCGCUUUUCUUGGGUUUUAUUUAUUUUGUAUUGAAAAUUGGGCACUCCCCCUCCCUCCCCCUCGUAAAUUUCAAAGAACUUAAGAACUGGUAGGCGGGUUUACUUCAGUUCAGUCUGAAACAUAUCCCUCACGUCAUCGAUUCCUCUUCUCUCCUCUACCGCGCGAGCGCCUAGGAACGUUGGACAGUGUGCCCUUCAGGUAUGUUUGUUCUUUGAUAAAGAGACCCGCGCUUGGGUAUGAAAUAGUCCAUAUUUUAUAAUGCUUAUUUUUUUUAUUGUCUCUUUUGUUCUUGUUUUUAAACGGCUAUAUUUUUAGUAUUACAGAAGACAUCGAUUAUAUUUCAUAACAGCUGGAUUGUGGCAUUUUUCUUCCAAGUUUGUGCAGGUGUGUAUGAGCUAUAUGUUACAUACCAGGUGGCAGAUUCACGCCGCGCACGUUCGUAGUUGCGUGCGAGUUUGCCUAUGCUUGCUGCCCACGGCCCACGGCUCCUUACGGCCCCGUGCGAGUAGGCAACCCACCCGCACGCCUGCAUGCGGUACAGUAUAACUACGAAAGUGCGCAGUGUGAAUCAGCCACCUGGUAUGGCUCAUGGAAUACAGUAGAUUUCACACUCUCACUCAACCGAUGCACAAAAAGUCUCUAAUUUUAAAAGACAGUCAACCCCAUGGUCUGAACUUUUCGUUGCAUUUAUUUUCUGUUAUGUAAAGGGACUUUCCAAUUAUUUUAUUUUUUUCAUGGCAUAGCUCUCGCGUUAUAAUUUAUGAGAUUUGAUGUAUCAAUUUAUAAAUAAAAAAAUGGAACUUGUUUUA